CAGGCGGCCAAUGAACACACGCCUGCGCCUGGGCUCUCGCCUCCAUUGGCUGCACCCCUCCAACCACGGUGCCCGCAGGUUCCCAAGCCGGGUUUAAAGGUGUCAGGCGCGAGCUGCUGCCCCUCCAUCCGCUGUCCGCGCGCAAGUCCGCGGGGAGGGCGGCCCGCAGACCGGCCCACCCGGGGCGUUCCGGAAGGGCGCCCUUGGUCGCCCCCAGCGCCCCCCCAAAUGUACUAUGCGGUUUCCCAGGCGCGCGUGAACACGGCCCCUGCCACCAUGCUGCGGCCACAGCGGCCUGGAGACGUGCAGCUCGGUACCUCCCUGUACGAGCUAGUGGGCUACCGGCAGCCUCCCAUCUCCUCCUCUUCCUCCACGUCCUCCUCCUCCUCCAUCGCGGCGCCUCUCCUCCCCAAGGCCGGGCGCGAGAAGCCAGAGGCGCCCGCCGAGCCGCUGAGCACCGGACCGGGGUCUGGAGGCGCCAGGACGGACGCCAAAGAGGAGCAGCAGCAGCUGCUGCGGCGCAAGAUCAACAGCCGGGAGCGGAAGCGCAUGCAAGACCUGAACUUGGCCAUGGACGCGCUGCGCGAAGUCAUCCUGCCUUACUCCGCGGCGCACUGCCAGGGCGCGCCGGGCCGCAAGCUCUCCAAGAUCGCCACGCUGCUGCUCGCCCGCAACUACAUCCUGCUGCUGGGCAGCUCCCUGCAGGAGCUGCGCCGGGCGCUCGGAGACGGUGCGGGGCCCGCCGCGCCGCGUCUGCUCCUGGCGGGCUUGCCCCUACUGGCCGCCGCGCCCGGCUCGGUGCUGCUGGCACCAAGCUCCAUGGGUCCCCCCGAAGCGCUUCGCCCCGCCAAGUACCUGUCGCUAGCGCUGGACGAGCAGCCGUGCGGCCAGUUCGCUCUCCCGGGUGGCGGGGCAGGCGGCCCCGGCCUCUGCACCUGUGCGGUGUGCAAGUUCCCGCAUCUGGUCCCCGCUGGCCUGGGCCUGGCAGCUGUGCACGCUCAGUUCUCCAAGUGAGAGCCGGCAGGGCCUGGGGCGGGGCAGGACCUCAGCCAAUCUUCCGGCGCCUUGGAGUCCUGGGUCCAAGGAGAGCUGACACGAGUAAGGAGAAUAUUUCCAGUCUUCUUGCCCAGACUUUGGAAAGAUUGUAGGGCGCCUUCCCCCCGCCCCCCGCCCCCCCCCCGACUCCCUGGAAAUCUAAAGCUGUCCCAAGUCGGGGGGUCCAAGGAUCUCUGGAACCGCUUGGGGUUCUAGAUAGAUUCCAUGUAUUUAGGGCAGACAUCCCCACCCCAACCUCACCCAGUGGGUUGUGCGCUGUACUAUGCAGGGAUGGUGAGGAUACGGUGCAGUUUGUUCAGAUCGCACUGGACGUGGCGAGAGGCCAGCGGCGAGCGCGACCUCCUGGGAUCGGUCAGCAGCCAGACGCAGGGACUGCACCCCAACUGCCGCGCCUCAGAGGGGUGAUUUCUUUCCCUCUUCCUGGGCCUGAGCUCACAGGCGCCCUUUCUCCCACCAUCCCACCGGCCAAGCCCAUGCGGAUCUAGGAGAUCUGAAAAGCCCAGAUAACCGGCGCAAACUUCAAGGGCGUCGCAGAUGGAGAGCCUUCAGUGGCCCAGUAUUUCGGAUUCGAGGUGCAAUGGGUGGGGGCGGUGACAGCGCCAGGGUGUUGGGGGUUGGGAAGUUCGUCUGCGUCUGCCACCUGGCUGUCAUGAUCCUGUUUUUGUGGCUCGUGCCCAGAUGUUUUUGUUGUGGCGAGAAUUCGCUCUUAAAUCUGGGGUCUUAGAAAGGCAGCUUAGAAUUCGAGAUUUAUCUUCCUUUAGUCUUUUCUUUCCCGAAGAUAGAGUAACCAACAUUUGAGCUUGCUUGAAAACAAACAAAACCCAUCCAUCUUCCGUGUUCUGGACUUACUAAAAUAGGUAACAAGGUAUUUCGUAACCGCAGACUUGUGAAGCUCGGUAAUUAACAUUCUCCUUAAAAGACAAGAGGACUGGGAUCCCAAACCGCGGGUGACUGGACAGACCCAGCUGCGAAGCAGGCAGAUGAGAAGCUCUUGCUGCGCUGUCCUGCGGUCCUUAACCAGAGCUCCCUAAAAUCUUUCUUUGCAGUUGAAGAACUGCCUAGACUGCGCGUCUUAGUUUGUGAUGGCCUUAGCAAAUGACCCAAGAUUAUUUCAUGGUCUUUCAGCAGCUUGCUUUGUUUUUUACGUUGAAAGUUUUUGGCUGUUGAUAGUAGCCGAAUUUAACUGGCAUUUUAUUUGACUUCUAACGUUGUUACCUUGAACUGUACAGAAUCCACAAAAUAAAACAUUUGAAGUCG